AUGUCACUGGCUGUUGGAGCCAGCACAUAUCGGAAGAAUCACCGAAGUGUUGAUAAGGGCAUCGUGAAACGGAUAACUCGGCGUCAUCAAUGCUCUAGAAAGAUGCGUCUUGGCUCACCGUCUUUUGCGAGGCUCUUUAGGUUGGGCAACAAUAACCGCAGAGGUCUGGAUAUCGAUAUGGGCUACAUACGCCCCACCGGUUCAAAUCACGAUGGGCGUCGAAAAUUCUCGACGGUCAAAGUCGGACAGCUUACCGGCGGUGCAGAUGCAAAUGGCGGGGCUGCGAACAAUGCGCCAUAG